AUGUGUGAAGAAUAUGAACAACGGCCUCUGGAAGCUCUAGCACUGCAAAGUUCUCGUGAACAAAUUUCCUCAGGUUUAGCUUAUUUCUCCUAUACUAGUUUUAAAGACAACCAUAUUAUUAAUGUGGCUUUAUUAGCGUGUUUGAGGUCAAAGUGUGGCCAACAGGACCAGGGAAGUGAUUCCUCCCCUAUACUCAGCACUGGUGAGGCCACACCUCGGUACUUCGUCCAGUUCUGGGCUGCUCAGUUCAAGAAGGAUAUUGAGGUGCUGGAGCAGGUCCAGAGAAGAGCAAUGAGGCUGGUGAAGGGACUCGAGCACAAGUCCUAUGAGAAGAGGCUGAGGGAGCUGGGGUUGUUUAGCCUGGAGAAGAGGAGGCUCAGGGGAGAUCUCAUCACUCUCUACAACUCCCUGAAAGGAGGGUGUAGCAAGGUGGGGGUUGGUCUCUUCUUCCAGGCAACUGUCAGUAAGACAAGAGGGCAUGGUCUCAAGAUGUGCCAGGGGAGAUUUAGGUUAGAUAUCAGGAAGAAAUUCUUUACAGAAAGGGUAAUCAGGCACUGGAAUGGGCUGCCCAGGGAAGUGGUGGAUCCUCCGUCCCUGGAGGUUUUUAAGAUGAGACUG